GGCCGUGGCCGUGGAAGGUUCUCGGCCGCGCUCAGUCGCGGCUGCGCGGGGCAGGGGCGGUCGGUGCCGAGUGCCGCUCGGGGCUGAGCGCGGUCGAGCCGUAUCGCGGCGGUUUUCCUGGGCGGAGCAGCCUGGCCGGUCGCUAUGGGGGUGACUCGUGAAGCGGGGCUGUCUCCUCAGGCGUCCCCACAGGAGCAGGAUCCGUGCGGGGGGAGCCUGGGCGGCUGGAGCCGGAGCGCUGGGGCGGCUCAGGGGAACCAGCACCGGGGGUGUCCGUCGGCUCCCAGCGGAACAGAGACUGGGCAUUACAGAACAGCAGUAAAAGCAGAACCAGCUUCUGAAAGUCCCCGUAUGGAGAAAACGGGGGUCGGGAAAGCAGGUGAAAUGACCGACUUCAUGGAUGACCUGACCCUCAGCUCACCGAAGAAACGAGAGUCGUCUGUGAGAUCCAGGAGGAGCUGUGAUAGGUCAUCCACAAGGUCAUCGAGCAGAUCCUCUUGCAGUUCACGGUCCAGUUCGAGUAGUUCCUCCUCAGCUUCCUCCAGGAGUUGGAGCCGCUCCAGGUCCAGAUCCAGGUCACGGGCCAGAAGAAACGGGUCCCGGCGGUACCGGAGAUACUCGCGCUCGUACUCCAGGAGCCGCUCGAGGUCUCGCGGGUACAGGAGGGGCCGGGGCCUGUCCUGGCGCUACCGGAGAGGCCCCCGCUCGCCGCACAGGCACCGCUCCCGCAGCAGGUCCUGGUCCCGGGGAAGGUCGUACUACAGAAGGUCCUACUCCAGGAGCAGAUCCCGUUCCAGAGGCCGCAGAUACUACGGGUUUGGGCGAACGAUAUACCCUGAGGCCUACAGGAGCUGGAGGAGCAGGUCCCGAACGAGGUCCCGCAGCAGGUCACCUCUGCAUUUGAGUGAAAAAGACAAGAGGGAACUCCUUGAAAUUGCAAAAGCCAAUGCUGCAAAAGCUCUGGGAACAGAUAACAUAGUCUUGCCAGCAAGCUUGAAGAUCCCUACUCCUACCAAAGAGAUAAAAAACAAAAAACAAGAAGAUCCUGGAGAGUCGGCUGAGGAACCCAAAACAGCAGCAGAAGAGAUGACCAAGGGUGGAAUGGAGAGAGCAGCUGUACAGAGAAGCAUUUCUUUCAGUCCUAAUAACACGGUGGCAAAACCAGCCCUGCAGAAGCCAGUGAGCCACGUUGUUAAAGAACCAGCAGUUUCUGUGGCACGAGAAGAUGACAAGAAGGGGAAUCCCUAUGGGCAGUGGGUUCCUGUCAAGAAGGAGAAGAAAACAUUCUUAAACUUCUCCCCUAAGAGUGCUCUGUUCCGGGCACGUUAGUGUGUGCUCCUCAGACUGCAGCAUUGUGCAUCCUUCACCUAGUGAGGUCUGAAACGUUCUGAUCAGGUUGAAGACUUGUUAAUACUAUUUAUUUUGAGAUGUUAAUUUUGGAAUCUUAGGUUUGUCUUUCAGGUGUAGAGCAGAGUGAUCCAGAAGCCACAGAUGGGAAUAUGUGUAUAUUUGUAAAUAGUUUUGUAUUGCUUUAUGGACUAGAGCUUACAGGUGGGUAACCUUUUCUAAACAAUAGCUCAGUAGCUGUUAUUUUCAACACCGAUUUACAUUGUGUUGUUUACUUUGUUAAUAAACUUUUAGUUUUGCACUGGC